AUGCCUGGGCCAGUCGCAGUAGAUAUCGGAACACCUUCUCCUCGCUCGUCGUUUGAAGAAAUCCAGCACCCAACUUACACCGCCGCUCGUUCAAAUCCGCGCUACGACGCUGCCAGCCCGUCGUGGUCCUCGUCCUCUCACCAGCCACUCGUAGAAGAACUCCCUAUGCACUACGUUACAGAUGAAAAGGCAAGGAGGCGCAUUAUUCGAGCGCCGGGCUCUGUAGACCCUGGUUCCUCGCCGCUCACCAGCACCCGUGAGCAUAUGCCCUACGAAAUGCAUCCCCCGACAGACCACGUCGACGACAUCGACGACGAUGAUGGAAAAGAGGUCUACAGACGGAUGCGCGUCGCGACCGCCCUCCGCCAGAUUCCACGUCCACCCCCGACGACCUUUAAAGAGGACUUAAUCGAAAACCUACCAGCUGCCAUUUACACUCUUUUAUCAUGCUGGACACGAUUCUAUCAGAUUGGUAAAAAUAACCACGUCGUCUGGGACGAGGCACACUUUGGAAAGUUUGGCAGUUACUAUCUACGGAGAGAAUUCUAUUUCGAUGUACACCCGCCACUGGGUAAAAUGAUUGUCGGUCUCGUUGGCCUUCUCUCGGGCUACAACGGUAGCUUUGAGUUCAAGUCCGGCGACGCCUAUCCUGAAGAUGUACCCUAUGUCGCCAUGCGAGUCAUGCUCGCCACCUUUGGCGUGCUCAUGGUCCCCCUCGCCUGGUACACGUCUCGCGAACUCGGCUUUAGUCGACGCGCAGCACAUUUGACCACCAUCAUGGUUCUUUGCGACGUCGCCUGGCUUUGCAUCUCCCGCUUUAUCCUCCUCGACUCUAUGCUCCUCUUCUUCACCUGUACUACCGUCUUUUGUCUCACAAAGUUUCAUUCGGAACGACACGAUCCGUUUGAGCCCGAUUGGUGGAUAUGGCUCACCCUCACCGGAAUUUCCAUCGGAUGCGUCACGUCUAUCAAAUGGGUCGGAUUCUUCGUCACGGCGCUCGUUGGCGUAUACACACUGGAGGAUCUGUGGGAAAAGUUUGGCGACUUGAAAAUGCGCAAGCGAGAUUACAUCAAACAUUGGAUCGCCCGAGGCGCGCUCUUGAUUGUGCUGCCGUUCAUCGUCUACAUGAUUUCGUUCAAGAUUCAUUUCCUCAUUCUCAACCAUUCCGGAACUGGAGAUUCACAAAUGUCCUCGCUCUUCCAGGCAAACUUGGAAGGCAACGACUUUAGCAAGAAUCCACUCGAAGUCGCCUUUGGCUCCAAAGUCACGUUCAAGAAUAUGGGAUACGGUGGCGGUCUGUUGCACAGUCAUACGCAGACCUAUCCUGUAGGAAGUCAACAGCAGCAAGUGACCUGCUACCACUACAAGGACGACAACAACCACUGGCGCGUCGAAAAGCCAUGGACCUCUGCCCCUGUCGACGACGAGGGUGACAUCGAGUUCCUCAAGCACAAUGACGUUGUCCGUCUCGUGCAUACGCCGACCGGUCGAAACCUCCACUCUCACACUGUCGCUGCACCCGUCACCAAGCUCAACAAUGAAGUGUCCUGCUAUGGUAAUACGACGACCGGCGAUGCGGGUGACCACUGGAUUGUUGAGAUUGUCGACGACAUGGUUCUCGGCAAGAGGCAGAAUGUCCCGCAUGUGCGAAGCUUGACGACAAAGUUGCGCUUCAAGCAUCAGCAACUCGGGUGCUACCUCGUCGCGCCAAACACCGUCUUACCACCGUGGGGAUUUAAGCAAAUUGAAGUCAGCUGUGACAAGGAGAAUAACCCAAAUGAUCCACACACACACUGGAACGUGGAGAGCCACUGGAACGGACGACUGCCCGUUGGAGAGACGAAGUUUUACAAGUCGCCAUUUUUCCGCGACUUUUGGCAUCUCAACGUUGCGAUGAUGACCUCGAACAAUGCGCUCGUCCCCGACGCAGACAAGGAAGACAUUCUCGCAUCGUCGCCGACGGAUUGGCCAUGGCUGCACCUCGGUCUACGCAUGUGCGGAUGGGGCGACAAUCAGACCAAGUACUACCUGAUUGGUAACCCGGCUGUUUGGUGGAGCGGCACUGCGUCGUUGGGCAUUUGUGUGCUCGUUAUUUGCGUCUACCUCAUUCGUAAUCAACGGGGGUAUCGUGAUUGGGGUGUCGGCGAGUGGGAUCAUUUCCUGUAUGUGUGCAAGAUUGCUGGGCUCGGAUGGGUGUUCCAAUACGUGCCGUUCCUCAUCAUGGGUCGAGUAACCUAUAUCCACCAUUAUUUGCCCACGCUCUACUUUGCCGUACUCAUGGUCGGUCACUUGUUUGACCACCUCGUCUUCAAGUCGCGUCGCUUCUCCGAGAGGACGAAGUGGAUCAUCUUUGCUAUUGCGUCUGGAAUCGUCAUUGGUGUCUUUUGGUGGUUCAGAGGCGUCGCGUUCGGUAUCGACGGUCCCAUUAAGGAGCACUGGGGGCUCUUGUGGCGCAAGACUUGGAACAUCUACGAGAGUCAUUAG